ACGCCUCGGAGCUCCCGUGGGGGAGCCGAGCUCAGGACAAGACAUGCUACUCCCGUUUCCUGCCCCUUCGGAGCGGCGAGGAGUGGAACUCGAGAGCAAAAUCCCCGGAGGAAGAGGAAGAGCCCUGGAGUGGUUUCUUUACAGCACUUUCAUCUGGAAGAGUGAGAGAUGGAACCUGAAGAAGAAAGGAUUCGGUACAGCCAGAGAUUGCGUGGUACCAUGCGGCGACGCUAUGAAGAUGAUGGCAUUUCAGAUGAUGAAAUUGAAGGGAAAAGAACUUUUGACUUGGAAGAGAAACUCCAUACCAACAAAUAUAAUGCCAAUUUUGUGACUUUUAUGGAGGGAAAAGACUUUAAUGUAGAGUAUAUCCAGCGGGGUGGCUUGAGAGACCCUCUGAUUUUCAAGAAUUCUGAUGGACUUGGGAUAAAGAUGCCAGAUCCAGACUUCACUGUAAAUGAUGUCAAAAUGUGUGUUGGGAGUCGUCGGAUGGUGGAUGUCAUGGAUGUGAACACACAGAAAGGCAUUGAAAUGACCAUGGCUCAGUGGACACGCUACUAUGAGACUCCAGAAGAGGAGCGAGAGAAACUCUAUAAUGUCAUCAGCCUAGAGUUUAGCCACACCAGGCUUGAGAACAUGGUGCAGAGGCCUUCCACGGUUGAUUUCAUUGACUGGGUAGACAACAUGUGGCCAAGGCAUUUGAAAGAAAGUCAGACUGAAUCAACAAAUGCCAUCUUGGAGAUGCAGUACCCUAAAGUGCAAAAGUACUGUCUAAUGAGUGUUCGAGGCUGCUACACUGACUUCCAUGUGGACUUUGGUGGUACCUCUGUUUGGUAUCAUAUCCACCAAGGUGGAAAGGUCUUCUGGCUCAUCCCCCCUACAGCCCACAACCUGGAGCUGUACGAGAAUUGGCUGCUGUCAGGGAAACAGGGAGACAUCUUUCUGGGUGACCGAGUGUCAGAUUGCCAACGCAUUGAACUCAAGCAGGGCUAUACCUUCGUCAUUCCCUCAGGGUGGAUUCAUGCUGUAUAUACUCCUACAGACACAUUAGUGUUUGGAGGCAAUUUUUUGCAUAGCUUCAACAUCCCCAUGCAGUUAAAGAUAUACAGCAUUGAAGAUCGAACUCGGGUCCCAAAUAAAUUCCGCUAUCCAUUCUACUAUGAGAUGUGUUGGUAUGUGUUGGAGCGCUACGUGUACUGUAUAACCAACCGCUCACACUUAACUAAGGAAUUUCAGAAAGAAUCCCUCAGCAUGGAUUUGGAAUUAAACGGAUUGGAUUCUGGAAAUGGGGAUGAGGAAGGAAUGGACCGAGAAUCACGACGCUUAAGUAGUCGGCGCUCUGUGCUCACUAGCCCUGUACCUAAUGGGGUCAACCUGGAUUAUGAUGGACUGGGAAAAACCUGCAGAAGUCUUCCAAGUCUGAAGAAAACUUUGCCUGGAGACUCAUCUACUGACUCUAGCCGAGGCUCCCACAAUGGCCAAAUGUGGGAUGCCCAGUGUAGUCCCCGAAAGGACAGGCAAGUUCAUCUGACCCAUUUUGAGCUUGAAGGCCUUCGCUGCCUUGUAGAUAAGUUGGAGAGUCUGCCACUGCACAAGAAGUGUGUCCCCACUGGGAUAGAAGAUGAAGAUGCUCUGAUUGCUGAUGUAAAGAUUUUGCUGGAAGAGCUUGCCAAUAGUGAUCCCAAGUUAGCCCUCACUGGAGUCCCUAUAGUACAGUGGCCAAAAAGGGAUAAGCUUAAAUUCCCUACCAGGCCAAAGGUACGGGUUCCUACCAUCCCAAUCACAAAGCCUCACACCAUGAAGCCAGCCCCAAGGUUGACACCUGUGAGGCCUACAGCUGCCUCCCCCAUUGUAUCAGGAGCCAGGCGAAGAAGAGUGCGCUGUCGGAAAUGCAAAGCCUGUGUGCAAGGAGAGUGUGGUGUUUGCCACUACUGCAGGGACAUGAAGAAGUUUGGGGGCCCUGGACGCAUGAAGCAGUCCUGUGUUCUCCGACAGUGCUUGGCACCCAGACUGCCUCAUUCAGUUACAUGUUCCCUCUGUGGAGAAGUGGAUCAGAAUGAAGAGACACAGGACUUUGAAAAGAAACUCAUGGAAUGUUGUAUCUGCAACGAAAUUGUUCAUCCUGGUUGCCUUCAGAUGGAUGGAGAAGGAUUACUUAACGAGGAAUUGCCAAAUUGCUGGGAGUGUCCAAAGUGUUACCAGGAAGACAGCUCAGAGAAAGCCCAGAAGCGGAAAAUGGAAGAGAGCGAUGAAGAAGCUGUGCAAGCCAAAGUCCUACGGCCCCUGAGGAGCUGCGAGGAGCCCCUCACACCCCCACCUCACUCACCCACUUCCAUGCUGCAGCUCAUCCACGACCCGGUCUCCCCCCGGGCCAUGGUGACUCGGUCAUCCCCUGGGGCUGGUCCCAGCGACCACCAUAGUGCCAGCCGCGAUGAGCGCUUCAAAAGGCGGCAGUUGCUUCGGCUACAGGCCACAGAGCGCACCAUGGUACGGGAAAAGGAGAACAAUCCCAGCGGCAAAAAGGAGCUGUCUGAAGUUGAGAAAGCCAAGAUCCGGGGAUCGUACCUCACUGUCACGCUACAGAGGCCCACCAAAGAGCUCCACGGGACAUCCAUUGUGCCCAAGCUGCAGGCCAUCACGGCCUCCUCUGCCAACCUUCGCCAUUCCCCCCGUGUGCUAGUGCAGCACUGCCCAGCCCGAACCCCACAGCGUGGGGAUGAGGAGGGGCUAGGGGGAGAGGAGGAGGAAGAGGAGGAGGAGGAAGAUGACAGUGCAGAGGAGGGGGGUGCAGCCAGGCUGAAUGGCCGGGGCAGUUGGGCUCAGGAUGGAGACGAAAGCUGGAUGCAGCGGGAGGUCUGGAUGUCUGUCUUCCGCUACCUCAGCCGCAGAGAACUUUGUGAAUGUAUGCGAGUGUGCAAGACAUGGUAUAAAUGGUGCUGUGACAAGAGACUUUGGACAAAAAUUGACUUGAGUAGGUGUAAGGCCAUUGUACCCCAAGCUCUCAGUGGCAUCAUCAAGAGGCAACCUGUUAGCCUUGACCUCAGUUGGACCAACAUCUCCAAAAAGCAACUGACGUGGCUGGUCAAUAGGCUGCCAGGACUAAAAGACCUCCUCCUAGCAGGCUGCUCCUGGUCUGCAGUCUCUGCUCUCAGCACCUCCAGCUGCCCCCUUCUCAGGACCCUUGAUCUUCGGUGGGCAGUAGGAAUCAAAGACCCUCAAAUUCGGGACUUGCUGACUCCACCAGCUGAUAAACCAGGUCAGGACAAUCGCAGCAAGCUCCGCAACAUGACUGACUUCCGGCUGGCAGGCCUUGACAUCACAGAUGCCACUCUUCGACUCAUCAUUCGCCACAUGCCUCUCCUGUCUCGACUCGACCUGAGUCACUGCAGCCACCUUACAGAUCAGUCCUCCAACCUACUCACUGCUGUUGGGUCUUCCACUCGUUAUUCCCUCACAGAGCUCAAUAUGGCAGGUUGCAAUAAAUUGACAGACCAGACCCUGAUCUACCUAAGGCGCAUUGCCAACGUCACCUUGAUUGAUCUUCGAGGAUGCAAGCAGAUAACUCGAAAAGCCUGCGAGCACUUCAUCUCAGACUUGUCCAUUAACAGCCUCUACUGCCUGUCUGAUGAGAAGCUGAUACAGAAGAUCAGCUAAGACAUGCUCAACCUGUACUGAACAGGAAACCCAUCUCCCCCUGCCUUCCCACCAAGGAGAGCCUCUUCCUGACCUGCACAGGCUCUGAGGCCAGCAUCACACUCCCUCUCUGCUCUCCUGUCUCUGAGCCCUUCUCUCACAAGUGGGGCAGAGAGGAUGGUGGACAAAAGGCUCACUUACCUGCUUCUCUCCCUCCCAAGGAAAAGAGUAGUAGUUGAUCCAAGGAGAAAGCACAGGCUGUGCUGUCCCGGUGCCUGCUCGCUUGUUCACCUGCUAGGAAGCCGGGCUCUCGGUUUGGGGUUUGUGCAUCCUUCGCUUGCACUGGGCCCAGAGUGCUUUGCACCCAUGGUGCCCCGCAGUGCCUGGUUUGAAGCAAACUCCAGGGAAGAAAACAGCCCUGCCUCUACGAUCAGGUUCUCGUGGCGUCCAUUGAGUCUCUCCUUUGUUAUACUCUCCCGGCUUCUGCAGGAGGGGCCAGCGGCUCCAGGAACACCAGGCCUGGCAGGUCCCACUGGUGCUGUUGAGAUGUCCGAAGCCUCACUCCACAUCUGUGCUAGUCCUCCUUUCUUGUCCCUGAGUUUGAUGCUGUCCAAUGCUCGUGCUCAUUCACAUAAUGCAGUUCCCACCCUGUCCCCAAUAAUCUCUGUGAAGUCCUUGUUGCACUUACUGGGGCCAAAGCUCUUCAGAGGGGCUGGAACUGUACCCCCAGGGACACCUCCAUUUCAUUGCUACCCAGGCAGAUUCUGAGACAGGCAUCAUCCUUUUGCUCCCCUCAUGCUUCCCACUGCCCUUUUCCAUAUGCCUAAACAAGGCUUUCCCAGGAUGUGUGUCCUCAGAGGGAGCAGAUUGUUUCCCCCAGGUGAGGGGAACAGAGGACUGGCUGAGUGCCCCUUCCCCCCUCCUGGCCUCUGGUUUAGUGUAGCACCCUGAGCCUAGGCCUACACAUCGGCCCAGCAGCUCAAUGACCUGGUGCCUUUUGAAGGGAGGGGUUCUGGUUGGAAGCCAGUCACCUGCCCUCUGCCCACAGCCGUGGAAGGGGGUGUGCAUGUGCCUCUGUGUGUGUGGCUGGCUGAGUGUGCUGCCCGUGCGUGUGGAGGGAGGAGGAGCAUAGUGUCUCCCACUCCAUUGCCCUUUGUCAAGCCCCAUUCAGCUGCCCCCUUUUACUUUGCAUUGAAAGGCCUGUCCAAAGAUCCUCUCUCUAGGGCAGCAGAGAGCUUUUUGCACUUUAAAAAAAAAGAAAGAAAGGUCGGAAUUCUUUUGGGUCAAUAUUUAGAGUGUGUGAGGAGAUGCUCAGCAGCCUGUGGCAAGAGUUUAUAAGUGAUAGAUGUAAAUUUGCACUCUGCUCCCCAAUUAUAGGAGAUUGAUAGCACAACCUUGCCCCGCCUUCUUUUCCCUCCAAUCCCACCCUUCCAGCCCCUUUUCCUUUAGCCCUGCUUAGGCUUUUCUAGACUCCAUUAGGAGGGAAAGGAGCCCUGGCACCAUGGGUCUUAAGUGUGAACCACCUAAGGAGAGAUGCCAACUGCACCCUUGCCGCUGCUAAAGCAGUAGAGGUAGAAGGGUUGCUCCCUCUUUGCCACCUUGUUCAUCUUUGACCCUGGCAUUAACCAGCCUUUUUAGAGGAAACUGGGUACUGGUAGGAGUGGUAUUGUGUCUGCUUCUUCCAAUCUGAUUGUCUUGGCUACACCUUAAACAACAGCCUGCUCCUGUGACCCUCUACCCAUUCCAUUGGUCUUUAGCCCCAGUCCUCUGGGGCUGAAAUAUUGAGGAAAUGCCAGUGACUUAUUCCAGAGUGCCUCAUUUAGGGGAACUUCUCUGUAAAGAACCCUGGGUAUUGAGCAAAAACCUUAUUAUUAUUAUUAUUAAUGACCUAUAAUUGGAAACUUCCUACCUUUUUUUUUUUUUUUGGUUGCUCCUGUGGAAAGUAUUAAAAUUACUGUUUUGUUUGUCUUUCUAUGAAAGGGGGGGGGGAGUGGAGAGACCCCUUCAGAGCAGGGAUUGUGCCGGGAGAGUGCCUCUGACUUUGGGACAGAUCAUCACAGAAGUUCUAAGCUGAUGGCUUGUUUUGAGUUGGUUUUAUGUUUGUUUGCAUUCGGGUCUGAUGAAAACAAGCGUCUUUACCAUGCACGUAAAUUGGGCAGCAGAACAGGGAGCCCAGGAUGGCAGCAGAUGGACUGAUGCCCUUACUGGGUUUUACUUUCCCUUAGGACUGUGAGGGGAGAAUGGUAUUUAGAGGUUAGGGUUGGUCCUCAUAGAGGAGAGAAUCUCUGGGGACAGAGGACCUUGGAGUUUCAUUGUAUUCAUACAUCUGCUCUUGGCUAUGGCCUGGCCAGGAGAGCCCGCCCUCCGACUGCAAGACCAGUCCUCUGCCUCCAUCUUUCCACAUACAGGGGCAAAA